CAAACGCAAUGAUACCGAAGAAGGUCGUUAGUAGGGUAGCCAGCUAGCUAAUGUCAACUUUAUAAAGUUUAGCUACAUAGCUUGCCAGUUCCCUACGCGUUUAUCUAAAUGUCUAGCCACGUUGUUAAAGAUAAUGUCAAAUUGCUGCUGAUAACUUCGUGAUAGUUGACCAACUUAUUUGGCUAUCAGCUUUACUCCAGCUAACUUUAGCCUCUAGCUAGGUCGCUUGCAUUCUAACUGACAAGCUAGCUAGCAAAGCUACUCGCUAAUUUAGCUGGCCAAAGAUCUCUGCACUGCAAGUUACUCCUCAGCAGCUGCCAUGGCCUCUUCGGAGUUUCGGGGUGACGUUUCCCAGGUGCGCAGCGGCCGUGACACCAUCUUCUCUGAGGCCAUCAACCAGAAGAUGCGUGUCCCCGACCGGCUGAGAGUGGGGCCAGGCAUGGGACAGAGAUGGGAAGAGGAGAGGCAGGAGUGUGCUGACUGUCCUGCUUCUUACAGCAUGCACAUCCCAGACAGGCUGUCUCUCACAGAUGCCCCGGACAUGAGCCCCCAUCCACUGUUCACGUCAUCCAAGCCAGGCUCAGCCCUCCCUCUGGGGCCUGCAUGGGAGGCACAGCAGCACAGUGCCUGGAACAGAGAAAGAGACCCCUACAUGAGGGAACCAGUGCAGAGUCCACUGCGUAGGUCCUACAGUGACCAGGCUUUUGGCAGGAGCAACCCUGGCACCCCCACCUGCAAACAGACACCGCACACCCCUAUCUCUUGCGGCGGUGCAGGAUGCCCCCCUCAGCGCUCCUCUACUGCUGCUGCAGACACCCUGCCCAUGCCCCUGGGGCUCCCUGCCACCCUACCCAGCCUCCUGUCCCCACAGACCAUGCUGCAGGCUGCCAAGGAACUGGGCCAGCAGGCCUCACAGUGCCUUCUGCAGACUGUCACUCAGAAAUACAGGUUCAGCUCUCCUGAACACCCAACUACUGCUGUGGUUGAGGAGCCCCCUGUGUAUGUCGAAACAGACAGGAAAAGUGCCAUGCGGGACUCCUGGAUGAGCCCAGAUGAGGGAUGUGCAGCUGUGGAAUUCAUCGUACUUAGGAGACAGGUGGUGAAGAUGAGUCGUCGUCUGGCGGGUCUGGAGAAGCAGAACACUGAACGCAGACAGACUGAACUGGUGCUCUUCUCCCUGCUCCUUUCUGCCUGCCUGCUCAACGGAUGGCUCUGGAUACGCAGAUAACAGACACACGUCACUCAAAUAGCCCACUCAUCUGCUCUGCAACGCUACUUUGCUCAACUCUGCAUUACACAUCCACUCAGCUGGGUAGUUUGUCAGUGCACUUAUUCUUACACACAUGUUGGUGUUAGAUGUUGAGCAUGUAUAGAUCGCAAUGGCCCAUCUCCUUUCUUCCAAGGCCAGGGCCCAGAUUCACUAAACACUUCUUACGCAAAAACUUAAGGUUCUUAAGAAGAAAAAUACGUUCAUAAGAUAGUUUAAGUGCAAUUCCUCAACAAUAUCUUCUUACAAAUCUUCAUUUCUUGGCAACUUAUCUAGCUAGCAAUGGCAAUCAUGUUAGCAUGAUUACUGCUCUAAAACAUGUUAUUGGGUUUAAGAUUUUCAAUACUGAAACUUUGAGAUGAAGUUUGUGAAUUAAACUGCUUUCAUGAGCUUUUUCUCACACUGCCAAGAGUUUAGCUAACUUGGAAUUAAGAACCAAAUUUCUUCUUAAGGAGAAAGGGCAAGAAAAUGUCCAAUAACCAUUUGAGGAAUAACAACUUUCUUCAAGUCUAUAGUUAAGGUCUAGUUAAGGUUUUGUGAAUCUGGGCCCCAGGAGAGGAAGCUAUUUCAGCAACUGUUAAGGUAGGGCCUUAGGACUAUGAUGAUAAAAUGAUGUUGAGCAUUAGUGGUGUGCAUAGGUCACAAAUAUGGACUAAGUUGAUUGUCAAGAUGGAUGCUGGCAUAUUUCAACAUUAUCAGGGAUUGAUCCAUUUCAUGUUUGCCUAAAGGAUUGGCCAUCUCUGUGACUUGAACAGCUAGUGCUUACCACGGUUGGAGGUGGUGAUAGGAAAUGAUAGUGUUACUGCGGAGGCUUCUAUAUUGUUGUCGUUGAGAUGGAUAAUCAGAUUUACGUCAUAGGUCUGUCAAAACACAGCGUGUGUAAACUAUACAUUUCAAUCUAGUUGUUAACCACUGGUGGUGGAAUGCCAUGAGUCAGUUGGUAACUGGUCCAAAGUAUUUAGUAUACUAUUAUGGUAUGAUUUACUUGGAACUUUUCAGACUUAGAGAAGCCUAAAUUGUAAUCCGUUUCAGACAGUACAUGUGUAAUAAGGUCCUUCUGUAAGGCCUCUAUUUAAUCAAGACUAAAGUGAGACAUGUCUGCGUUUGAAUGCCUGCGACAUGAAGUGCUUUGAAGUUGGCUGCCUCAGUGGCUUUGAUCUUUUCCAGACCAGUUUAUAAUAUGAAAUGAUAUGUUUCUCAGAAGUCAAAUGACAUUAACCAUGAAUGUAAAUUGAACACUAAUUGAUUACAUGGGGUUUCUUGUUCUUUUUCCAUUUUUGAAGUUGUACUGGGUUUACAAUAAAUUAAAUAUAAUGUUGA